GCAGGGAGGAAAAAGAAGCGCGGCGAGAAAAAGUCGACUUACCUGUAGACCCACUUCUGGCAGCUCGCGCACUCCGGUACCUGCUCCGACUUGAAAGUCCAGUUUCACAAGGAAGAACCGUAGAGGAAGCAGAAAAAUAUGUCACAGGAGACAGACAAUAAACGUUUAGUGGUGGUCGUUCCCAACGAGAACUCCUUCCCUGCGGUGCGGCGAGCUUACACCAGCGAGGAUGAGGCGUGGAGGUCGUACCUGGAGAACCCACUGACGGCCGCCACCAAGGCCAUGAUGAGCAUAAACGGGGACGAGGACAGCGCCAACGCCCUGGGCCUGCUGUACGACUACUACAAGGUGCCCAAAGAAAAGAGACUUUUGCCAAUUCCUAAAGUCGCCGAACUUGCAGAGGAACAGGAGAAGAGGCCUAUUUUGCCAAGUAACCCCAGCAGCCAAAAUGAGGCAGAGACUGUGGACAACCGUGUCCAGGUCCUCAAGUCUGUCCCCGUCAACAUGUCCCUGAUCACGGAGCAGAAGGAGGCCAAACGAGAACUGAUUUGCAGCUCGACGGCGGGGGAGAGUUCAGCCGACGGAGGCUCUCCAGCUGCGGCGGUGGUGAAGGCCGAGGUGUACGCUCCUGUCUUCAUGGUGGGAGCUGGACUCCCUUACAGGGUGGAAGGAGAGGAGCGGCUGGUUUACGAGCAGAGUCCGUACGAGCUGACCGCCGUCGGCCACGGCUCCUACGUGAAGGACAAGCCGAGUCCACCCGACAGCCCGUAUGAGGAGGACACAGACAGGAAGUACCACUCGCCUUCCUCUCUUGCUCCGGACGACUUUGUAUUUCAACAAGAGGGGGCUGACACCUUUCAGUACACUCUGGAUGCGACCCGUUCGCUGCGUCAGAAGCAGGGGGAAGGACCGAUGACCUACCUGAACAAAGGCCAGUUUUACGCCGUGACGCUCAGCGAGCUCAGCGCCAACAAACGCCUGCGUCACCCCAUCAGUAAAGUCCGGAGCGUAGUCAUGGUGGUGUUCAGCGAGGACAAGAACCGGGACGAGCAGCUCAAAUACUGGAAGUACUGGCACUCCCGGCAGCACACGGCCAGACAGCGAGUGCUGGACAUCGCGGAUUACAAGGAGAGCUUCAACACGAUCAGCAACAUCGAAGAGAUCGCCUACAACGCCAUCUCCUUCACCUGGGACGUGAACGAAGAGGCCAAGAUCUUCAUCACGGUCAACUGUCUGAGCACAGACUUCUCCUCUCAGAAGGGGGUGAAGGGUCUCCCCCUGAUGAUCCAGAUCGACACGUACAGCUACAACAACCGCAGCAACAAGCCGCUGCACCGGGCCUACUCCCAGAUCAAGGUCUUCUGUGACAAGGGAGCAGAGAGGAAAAUCAGGGAUGAAGAGAGAAAAUUAUUGCGCAAGAAGUCAAAAGGUAAAGAGGGUGGGAACGGGGUGAUGAAUGUUACCAAAAAGUCCGACGUUACCUGUUUCAAGACCAUGACCGACUUGGAGGCCCAGCCAGUUCUGUUCAUCCCCGACGUUCACUUUGGUAACCUGCAGAGGGCAGGACAGGUGUUUACCUUCAACACAGAAGAGAUUGAGAGAGAAGGGAGCGUGCUGGUGAAGAGGAUGUUCAGGUCAUCGGAUGAAGACCUGUGUCCAUCACCUCACAAACAGAUCAAAGAGGAGACGCACAAAAGAGUGCUGCUGUACGUUAGAAAGGAGACUGACGAGGUGUUCGAUGCCCUGAUGCUGAAGUCUCCGACGCUCAGGGGGCUGAUGGACGCGAUAUCGGAGAAGUACGGCGUGCCCACAGAGAGGAUAGCCAAAGUCUACAAGAAAAGUAAAAAGGGAAUCCUGGUGAACAUGGACGACAACAUCAUCGAGCAUUACUCCAACGAAGACACCUUCGUCCUCGGCAUCGAAAGCCACGCAGACGCCUACAAGAUCAUACUGACGGAGAUCUGACUGUAGAUCUGAGGGACUGCAGGAGAAAUCGG